ACGAUGUCAGCAUUACGCAAGUCCAAACUACUCGGCUGACGUCACCCCUAACUUUGAUCCGAUGACUACAUAGCGGCCGGAUGUCGACAGCUUGUGGACGAGUCCACUAUUGCUAUGGGUAACCGCGUCGACAAAAAUGUCUGUUUACUUUCGGUUUUGGACUUCCUGAACAUCAGAUGUUUUAAGUUAUACAAGUCUUCCUAAUUAACACAGAGUUUAUUUCCUUUAUAUUCUAAAAUGAACAUGUUAAUAUUCUUACGUUGCGUAAGACGGGAUGUGACAAUGUUGCGUAGAUCCCUUUGUUUGACCUCACACUAACAGUGACGUCACUGGGAAAUAGAAACACGAAUUGACUUGGCGAAGGCAGGUGCUCGUUCGUUGUGUUUUGACGUCUUUGUUAUUUACAAACGAUGGAUCACUUCAGGACCGAUUCGGACGAUGAUGACAGCGUCAUGGGGACUGAACACGAACCCGAAGUGGUCACUGCCAUACUCUAUUUGAAGGAAUACGCGUCCACGAAAGGGCACAGUGUUCAUAGCAUUUCUCAAAUGCCGCCCGAACAAUUAGCUGAUUACCUGAAAGAUUUCUACACGACAGUGAAAUUCAAGGGAAUUGAAGUCAAAGAUCUCGCUUCUUCUCCGAUUGUGUCUUUAAAAUACCUGCGAACUGGUUUGCACAGGUAUUUCCAAAGGAAUUAUGAUAUUGAUAUUCUGAAAGACGUUUAUUUUGAACAUGCGAACAAGGUGUUUGAUGUCACUUCGCGUGCGACACCAAGGCGCUCGAACAAACUCCGAAUUGAAUUCGACGAUUUGAGGAAAAUUUACAUGGGGCCAGGGAUGAACCUGGACCAGCCAGAUACCUUACAAAACAAACUUUUCUUUGAUGUGAAUCUGUACAUUUGUAACAGAGGAAAAGAUUUCCUGCGUGUUAUGGCAAAAGACGAUUUUGUCAUUUCUAGUGAUGCUGAUGGCCGGCGCUAUGUUUGGCUAAAGUACCAUCCCAAGUUCAGUUUCCGGGAGUUAGUGGGCGGGGUCGCUGAUCCCGACCUCAGCAAUAAUGGGACCCAGAUAGGGGACCGAAUGUUUGAAAGGAAAGGGGAUCCAAGAUGUCCGGUCACCUCAUUCCUGGCGUACUUAUCCCACCUCCAUCCGAUGACCGAAGCAUUCUGGCAGCGUCCAAAGCGGAGUUUUGUUUACGCCGACUAUGUUUGGUAUGACAACACCCCGUUGGGGAACAGCACUCUCAGCAAAAUCAUGACACGGGUUUGCCAGUCUGCUGGUCUGUUCGAAAACUACACAAAUCAUGCUAUUAAAAGUUCAUACAUUCCUGUCAUCCAAAACUUAUGCAAAAUGGACGGAAAGAAGGGUUGUUUACACCCAGAAGUCACAGAGCCCAGAUCGACUGCGUCUCCCUUGGCGACUUGUAGUCAGGGGAUUCGGGAUGUGGAUGACGGGAUGACCGACUCGGGGUCAGUUUGUUCUGAUGUCAAGGACACUGAACCAGAUGACCACACAAUAGGUCUACAACAGGCCAAGAUGAAGGUCCUGGAGAUGGUGCACGGCCUAGGAGUUAAAGACAUCAGGUCAUUCGUUGAUUGGAUGAAAACAUUUCGCGCAGAGAAGGAUGGAGGAGGUUUGGUUGUGUUGUGUAGCCCUGUAGAUCAAACUGUUCAGGAAACUAACUCAAGGACAGGAAGUAGUCUCACAAAGGGGAGUAACUCUUUUAAACUAUCAAAUGGCAGUGGCAGCCGAAGUGGGUCUCCUGCUGGCACCCCACCUGUCCACAGGCAGCGUGAACCAUCCCCAGCUCCACUCUCAACCCCUCGACUUGAUGUUUGUCGGACUCCCAAAGACGGGAAACCGGAAGGUGCUGCAGCUGUCAGUGACUUGGGUAUCGCCAUCAGACAGCUUGACUUUGAUAGUAUCGGAGAUACGUAUGUGUCCACUUCGGAGAUAUAUCCGGUCAAGGUUACCAUUCCAUGUGGGGACACUGUUCUGCUGAACGGUCUGAGAGACAGUGACCAGAUUCUUAUUCACAAUCGGGAAGGUGCACCCCCCAUGUCCGAAUCUGUGCAUUCUCGCAUCUUUUAUUCUCAACAUGAAAUGGAUGUUGCUGUUGUCACUGCACUCCUCAGCACUCGGAACAGCCUUAAAAAAAGUGGUCACAGGUCUUCAUCAGGAUGUGAAAAGUCCGAAAACUGUUCAAAAAUUGAAGAUAAGUACAAGCCCAUGAAAAAGAGAAGCCUGUCCGAUCUGCACGCUGAUUGUUCUAAAGAGGAUUUUGAGUUUCAACCGAACAAGAGACAAUUGAUCUCUAGCAGUCUUACGACUGCCAACUUGCCGGUAUCGCGAGUAUCGGCCACCACCAGCUAUCCUCCUGUGAUCUCAAACGUUCCGGUGUUAAGUUACAUUUCCAGAGGAAUAGGGAUUCCGCAGACACAACGGGAGACCAGGCAAAUGUCUCUCCUGGCGAACAAAAUAACUCCAACUAAUAACUUCAGAAUAAAGACCGAGCCCGUUGAUAAAUAACUAUGGGUCCAUAUAUUGUUUUGUAUUUGAUAUGUUGUAAUACAUGUAAUGUUUAUAUCAUGAUGAUACCGGUGUGUAUGUUGUUU